CCUCAUUAUGAUAUGCAGGCUUUCCCCAUUGUGGACAUGGAAAUAGGAAAUCGCACCAUCCUGAAUGAAUUCAUCUUGUUGGGCAUCUCAGCAGAUCCCCAGUGGCAGCUGAUUCUGUUUGUAAUAUUUCUGGUGAUCUAUUUGCUAACCUUGUCAGGGAACAUGACUCUUGUUUUCUUAAUCAAGAUUGAUGCCCGGCUGCAUACACCUAUGUACUAUUUGAUUGGCAGUCUAUCUUUUUUGGAUUUCUGGUACACCUCUGUAUAUACUCCUAAAGUUUUGGCAAUCUGUGUCUCAGAAGACAAGCGCAUUUCCUUGGCUGGAUGUGGGGCUCAGUUUUUCUUCUCCUGCUUGGCAGCCUACACAGAGUGCUAUCUCCUGGCAGCCAUGUCAUAUGACCGUCAUGCAGCAAUUUGUAACCCACUGCUUUAUUCAGGCACUAUGUCUGCUUCUGUUUGCAUUGGCCUUGUUGCUGGAUCCUACAUAGGAGGCUUUCUGAAUGCCAUAGCCCACACUGCCAACACCUUCCGCCUGAGUUUCUGUGGUAACAAUGUCAUCGACCACUUUGUAUGUGAUGUUCUACCAUUGGUAAAAAUGUCCUGCACAGACACUCGGGUCUAUGUCAUAAUCCUUUCCAGUAUGGUUGGCUUCACUGUCCUCUCCUGCCUUCUGGCCAUCCUCAUCUCUUACUUCAACAUCCUCCUGGCCAUCCUGAGGAUCCGUUCAGCCUCAGGAAGGCGCAAGGCCUUCUCUACCUGUGCUUCCCACCUGGUCUCUGUCAUGCUCUUCUAUGGAUCUCUGCUCUUUGUAUACUCGAGGCCCAGUUCCAGCUACUCCCUGGAGAGAGACAAAGUGGCUGCCCUGUUCUACACCAUCAUCAACCCAUUUCUCAACCCUCUCAUCUACAGCAUCAGAAACAAAGAUGUCAAAGAGGCCUUCAGGAAAGCAAUACUGUCUAUAGGACCACAAGCUUGAGGUUUAUUUUGUGCCAUUUUUGCAGUUUGGAAAUUAUUGUUUUUGUAGACAUGUUUGUAUGAGUGUCUGCAGUUCAAUUAGACUUCAUAAUUUAUACUUGUAAGAAUGAAAUAUUGGUCAAAACACACUUUUAUUAUCAGGAGUGCUAGUUCUUCCUUUCUCUCUCUUUCUGGCCAUAAAGUGAACAGUUCUGCUCCAGCAAAUCCUUCUGCCAUGAUGUUACCACUGGCCGAAAGCAACAUUGACAGUCAACCAUGGACUAAAAUAUCCAAACCUUGAGCCAAAAUAAUUCUUUAUUUGUUAUUAGUUAAUUUUAUCAGGAAUUUGUUAUAGUGAUGGAAGCUGACAACCACAUUGAUAAAGUGGAAGGGAUUUCAAGUUCAUAUAAUUACUAAUUCUUUUUCAAUGUGUGCAUACCAAGGUACUGGAUAUAGAUAGAUCAGUUUUCCUUGGAGAGAACUGUCCGUUUUCUAGUACAUUUUAUGGAUUUCAGUCUUAUGAAUAUUCACAGGAAAGUGAUACGUUUCUAGUUUCCAUG